UUUGUGACCGGACAAAACAUGUGUGAUGUUUUGCCGAUUUUGGCUCACGGUUUAUUUUUUUUGAAAAUUUGAUUUGAAUUUUCAACAAAAAAUUUAUAAAAAUGGAUUUUCAACAUCGACCAGGUGCUAAAACAGGAGGUGGUGGUGUUGCAUCAUGGGCCGAAACAAAUCGUGAUCGUCGUGAACGUCUUCGACAAUUGGCUCUUGAAACAAUCGAUUUGGCUAAAGAUCCAUAUUUUAUGAAAAAUCAUCUUGGUUCAUAUGAAUGCAAACUUUGUCUUACAUUACAUAACAAUGAAGGUUCAUAUCUGGCCCAUACACAGGGUAAAAAACAUCAAUCAAAUCUGGCAAGACGUGCGGCUAAAGAUGCAAAAGAUGCACCUCAACCGAUGUUUUCUAAAUCUCGAAUUGACAUUCGAAAAUUUGUCAAAAUUGGUCGUCCAGGUUAUCGUGUGACCAAACAAUUUGAUCCAGAAAAUCAACAACAAUCGCUUUUGUUUCAGAUUGAUUAUCCUGAAAUUUCUGAAAAUAUAACACCAAGACAUCGAUUUAUGUCGGCAUAUGAACAGAAAAUCGAACCACCAGAUCGUCAUUGGCAAUAUUUAUUAUUUGCUGCUGAACCAUAUGAAACAAUUGGUUUUAAAAUACCAUCAAGAGAAGUGGAUAAAGCUGAAGGAAAAUUUUGGACAUUAUGGAAUCGUGAAUCGAAACAAUUUUUUCUACAAUUUGCAUUUAGAGUUGAAUUAAAAGGUUCGGCCUUGAUGCAUCAACAUAAUUUAUUACCAUCAUCAUCAUCAUCAACAUCAACAUCGAUAACAACAAUGAAAUCAACGAUGGCAGGUAAUCAAUCUUCGACAAGUAACACUAUAGAAUCACCAUCAACAACAACAAUAUCAGCAUCAUCAUCAUUAGCAGCAGGAGAAAUUUUAAAGAAUAAUAAUAAUAAUAAUCAAAGUGGAGAUUAAUUUUAAUUAGCAAUGCAUAUUUUCAAU